AUGGAACUGCUGAUUGACAGCGUGACGCGAUAUGCUGUCAUGUUUUUCAUGGAUGGUUAUGCUAGUUAUAAUUCAAUUAGGAUGGGUCCUGAAGAUGAAGAAGCAGCAGCAUUCAAAACCUCGUUAGGGAUUUAUUGCUACAAGGUCAUGUUGUUCGGUCUUAAGAAUGCUAGAGCGACAUACCAAAGGGCAAUGCAAAAAUACACAAUUACCUAUAAGCCGACGAAAGCAGUGAAGGGGCAAACAGUGGCAGAUUUCUUGGCAGCGCAUCUCGUAACGAAAAAUGAGACCGUUAGCAAUGAUUUUCCUGAUGAACAGGUCACGUUGCUCAGAAUAGCAGUGCAUCAGUCAAUUACAGAUGAUGAAAAUGCAAAGAUAAGGUUGAAAGAACUGGACCUACUCGAUGAGAAGCGUCUGGCAGCCUAG